AUGGCUCCUCAACCGGUUGAUUCCUUAGUCGAUGUUCUCAUCGUCGGUGCCGGGCCUGCGGGCCUGAUGGCAGCGACUUGGAUGAGCCGAUGUGGCAUCAAGACACGCAUCGUAGACAAGAGGAGCACGAAGAUCUUCACAGGCCAAGCUGACGGUCUCCAAUGCCGUACUCUAGAGAUUUUCGACAGUUUUGGCUUCGCAGACAAAGCAUGGCGGGACGCGAACCAUAUGCUCGAAAUCUGUCUAUGGAAUCCCGACGAGAAUGGGAAACUACGACGCUAUGAUCGGAUCCCCGACACGAUUCCCGGUAUCAGUCGGUACCACCAAGUGGUAUUGCAUCAGGGACGCAUUGAGCGCUUCUUCUUGGACAGCCUGAAGGAACACAGUGACAUCACGGUCGAGCGCGGUGUCAUGCCGGAGACUUUGGAGAUCGAGGACGUGAGUCCCAAGGACAGGGAAGCUUACCCAGUUAAAGUUACCCUGCGAUACCUCUCUGAAGAGGAGGCUACUCCUGCCACUGCGCAUAGCACUACCAAGAACGGAACAGUCCAGAGUGGACUCUUCAGGAGUAAUCUGACGGCCGAUGAUACUGAGGAGCUCCUUAAAGCUGCGCAGAAAAGCCCCCGUUCUGGUUCAACAGAGGUUGUGAGGGCGAAGUAUGUCAUUGGUUGCGACGGUGCUCACUCGUGGAUUCGACGCCAGUUGGGUUUUGCCAUGGAAGGAGAGCAGACGGAUUAUAUCUGGGGAGUGCUCGAUAUCAUCCCAAUCACUGAUUUUCCUGACAUUCGCAUGCGCUGCGCCAUUCAUUCCGAAAAUUCUGGAAGCGUGAUGGUGAUUCCCAGAGAGGACAAGCUGGUUCGACUAUACAUCCAGCUCACGACCACUGAGAAAGGAGGUGGUCAGCAUGACCGCUCCAAGAUUACACCGGACAUGAUUCUCAAGUCCGCCCAGAAGAUCAUGGCUCCGUACAAGAUCGACUACGAGCACUGCAGCUGGUGGACUGCCUAUCAGAUCGGACAGCGUGUCGGAUCGAACUUCUCCAAGAACGAACGUGUCUUCCUCGCAGGCGACGCUGUCCAUACUCACUCCCCCAAAGCGGGCCAAGGAAUGAAUGUCAGCAUGCAGGACACGUAUAACCUUGGCUGGAAGAUCGCCAACGUCGUAAAGGGAAUCGCAGACCCUGCCAUCUUGAAGACAUAUCAAUCUGAGCGCCGUCGCGUCGCUCAAGACUUGAUAGCCUUCGAUCACCGCUUUUCGCGCCUCUUUUCCGGCCGCCCAGCCAAGGACGUCAUGGACGAGACAGGAAUCAGCAUGAAGGAAUUCAAAGAAGCCUUCGAAAAAGGAAACAGAUUCUCCAGCGGUAUCGCCGUGGACUACGGAUCGAGCGUGAUUGUCGCAAAGCCCGGCGAUGCAGCCAGCCAAGGAGACGGUACAGAUGUCGCAACCACCUCUAACAGAGUCGUUGGCAAACAGUCCUUGUCAUCUGUGAUCCAGCUCGGUAUGCGCAUGCCCAGCUUCAAGGUCCUCAAUCAGACAGAUGCCCGCCCAUGGCACUUCCAGGAGAUUCUCAAGAGCGAUGGUCGCUGGCGUCUGGUUGUCUUCGCAGGUGCAAUCAAGCAGCCUGAGCAAGCAGCUCGAAUCAAGGCUCUAGGUGCUGCUCUUUCCGAUCCAAAGUCAUUCAUAAACCGAUUCACUCCGGCAGAUGCUCCUAUCGACUCAGUCAUUGAGAUUCUGACUAUCCAUUCAUCCCCGCGUUGGGAUGUGGAGCUCCUCGAGGACUUUCCGGAGAUCUUCCAUCCGUUCAAGAAUGAUCUCGGCUGGGAUUACUGGAAGGUAUAUGCGGAUGAUAACAGUUAUUACGAGGGCCAUGGACAGGCAUAUAAGAAUUACGAUGUCGAUCCCGUUCGUGGCUGCAUGGUUGUUCUUCGGCCUGAUCAGUAUGUCUCUUGGAUAGGAGAGCUGGAGGAUGUUGGUGAUGCGGAUGACUUCUUCAGCGGAUUCAUGCGGGAGAGGCGCUGA